CCCUUCGGAGCGCUGGUGACGUUGGCCAGGGAUCUGCAGGCAGGUGCUGUUUCCUCGCGCCACUACCGCCGCUGCUGCAUUAGCUAGGAGACCAGAAGCGCGUUCACGGGAUGGCUUCUGCAACAGACCCUCGCUAUGGCCAGAAGGAAUCCUCAGACCAGAACUUCGACUACAUGUUCAAGAUCCUGAUCAUAGGCAAUAGCAGUGUUGGGAAGACUUCCUUCCUCUUCCGGUACGCCGAUGACUCCUUCACUCCGGCUUUUGUCAGCACCGUUGGCAUUGACUUCAAAGUGAAAACCAUCUAUCGCAACGACAAGCGCAUUAAACUGCAGAUCUGGGAUACAGCAGGGCAGGAACGAUACCGGACUAUCACCACUGCCUAUUAUCGAGGGGCAAUGGGUUUUAUUUUGAUGUAUGACAUCACCAAUGAAGAGUCCUUCAAUGCUGUCCAAGAUUGGUCAACUCAGAUCAAAACCUACUCAUGGGAUAAUGCCCAGGUACUGUUGGUGGGUAACAAGUGUGACAUGGAAGAUGAGAGGGUUGUGUCAUCAGAACGAGGACGUCAGCUUGCUGAGCACCUGGGAUUUGAGUUCUUCGAGGCCAGCGCGAAGGACAACAUUAACGUGAAGCAAACCUUUGAACGUUUGGUCGACAUCAUUUGCGAAAAGAUGUCCGAGUCACUGGACGCAGCUGAUCCAGCUGUGACCGGUGCCAAGCAGGGCCCGCAACUGACCGAUCAACAAGCUCCCCCCCACCAGGAUUGUGCCUGUUAAGAGACUUUGGUGUGGAUGCCCUGACUUUUCCUGUCCCACCCACCUUGCCUGCCUCAUGUCUUGCAGUAACCAGAGCCCCUAGAUUCUUGACAGUUUGUGCUCUCUGUCUUCCCUACCGCCACCAACACACCCACACCAUUUAGCUAUCCCAUUGCUUAUCCUUUCAGGGUAGAUGGUCGAGACUCAAACCCAGAGCUUCUCCACCUCUCUGUGUGGGCCUUUGAAUGCUUCAAAAGUUACUCCCUUUAAUCUUUGGGUGGAUAGAGGCUCUAUCUUCCUGUAUGCCCCCACUUUCCCCCCACCGGGGUUCAAGUUGAUGAGCGUGAAAAAAGAGUUGGGGGCAGCACUGGAACUUUUAACUGUUCUUAGUGGGGUUUUAUUUAUUUAUAUAUUUAUAAUGUUCCCAUCGACACCGUUGAAACAUCCUUUCCCUCUUCCCGCUUCGUAAGCGCCACGAUCCCACUGCAUUUUCCUGCAUUUUCGAUGUGGACAAAAAUAGAUGACGACCUGAGAUUCAAGGGAAUCUGGCUGUGUCUUCACAGGAAGGAAAAUGUAUCUGUCAGAAGCAUCUGCCUCUUUUCCUCCUGACCGCUGAUCAUGGGCUGUAGAGCGAAAAAAAUAAUAAUGUUCAGGCAAACUGAGCUAUCUGGGAACUAUCCCAUUACCAGCUCUGAAUUGGGCUAGGUUUUUGUAAUGCUGCGAAGUGAGAUUAAUUAACCUCAACGCUCCCUCUUGUUUAGCUCCAGUCCGUGCCUGCUUCUUGCAUGCUGUUUAUCCUCUACCAUGAAUGAAAAUAAUAGGUUUUAAGGUGAAUACCUUUCUUCACAGAACGGCAGGAAUUUCCAACUUAAAACUGUACUUCUUGUCACGCUGGAUUCUAAGGCGUUACGAUCACUCUAGGUCUAGUUGAACCCGGUCACUUUAGUAAGAAGAGGCUUGUCACGGGUAGAUCCUUUCUUCCAUUCAGGUAGAAGAGGAAGAAGGCCUUCCUGGAUUUAGAAGGUGAUCGUAUUUGGAGAAAUGAUAGAGUAGAUCCUUUUGCUCUGCCAGCAAGGAAUUGUAAGGGUGGGAUUGCUCCGUUACUUGCAGCAGCCUAGUCUACACCCAGAUUUUCUAGCUUCUCUCCUUGAGAAAGACAGGGCUAAAUUGGAACCAAUGCUCACUGACUGGCUGGUCAGAGCAAAGAGGUGCCCCCUGGGCUAUGUGUAGCAAAGCUGAAGGUGAAAGUAGGUUGGAGAUGUUCUGCUUCCAUUCAGUUGCCCUGCAGAAGAUGGUUCUCCCACUUUCACCUUUCCGAGUGUAUAGAUAACCUGCUUGUUCCUCUUCCCGUCUUCCUCAGUGUACAGAAAACGAAAAAGGAAAAAAAAAA